UCCACGGGAAAAAAAAGGCUGUCUGAAGAAGAAAAACACAUUCUCUCUACAGUUUAUUUUUGUAUGUAGAGAGAGAGAGAGAGAGAGAGAGAGAGAGAGAGAGAGAAAGCAAAGCUCUUUCAGCGUGGGGGAAAAAGAAAGAUUGCGUUUUGAGCAAAACCAGUGCAGUAACGACAAAUUUCCAGACACUGUUAGGGUUUCUUAUGCUUUUUCUCUCGAAGUCUAGCUCCGAAAUUGGGAAGAAAGAAGCUCGAUCAAGAUAAAAAAAAAUUCUGGAUUUUAACCAGAAAUGGAAAGUUCCCAGUUCAAUGCCGGAUCGGUUGAGUGGUGAGUUCUUCGGCCUGAAGAAGAAGAAGAAGAGGAAAGAACCCGAGGAUCUCGUUCGACUAGCAUUUGGGGUCAUUGGACAUCCUUUCCAAUUCUUGUUUCCUCAGGCCCCUUUCCACGAAUUCGAGACCAUGUUCAGUUGAAUUAUGGUAUAUAGUUUUGGCUGUACUUACAAUUUGUAGGAGGAGCCUAUCUGAGUGAAAAUGAGGUCAGAUACAAUUCUUGAUUAUGCCGUAUUCCAGUUGUCACCAAAGCAUUCACGUUGUGAACUGUUUGUAUCAAGUAACGGACAAACAGAGAAGCUUGCUUCGGGAUUGAUUCAACCAUUUGUAAAUAAUUUGAGAGUUCUUGAAGCCCAAGCUGCUCAGGGAGGUCAGUCCUCUAUUAGAUUGGAGGUGGAAAAAAGUAAAGAUGGUGAGACUUGGUUCACAAAAGGGACACUCGAGAGAUUUGUCCAAUUUGUUUGUAAUCCAGAAGUUUUGGAAAGGGUCAGUACAUUUGAUUUGGAGAUGUCACAGUUAGAAGCAGCUCGGAAUUUAUAUUCUCAGGGAAACGAGGACCGGCAAUAUGGUGGAUCAGAUUAUGGAAGAGGCAUGGCAGAUGCCACAAAGAAGGAGCUCUUAAGGGCUAUAGACCUAAGACUUGAUGCAGUUAAGAAGGAUUUAACCAUGGCAAUCUCUAAUGCAUCAGCUAGUGGUUUCAACCCUGACAGUGUUUUUAAACUCCAACUUCUUGCUGAUAGAUUUGGUGCACAUCGCUUGGAUGAAGCGUGCAGCAAAUUUGUCUCACUCUGGCAGAGAAGGCCGUACCUGAUUGACUUGCGGAACUUAAAUGUCAAUGCUCAAACAAGCCAGUCAUUGCGGACACCAGAUAUGUCAGUCAAUGAACCUAGUGAUGACCCCGAUGGUAUUCAAAAGGCCGGUAGGUCUAAUCUGCCUGAAGAGAAUAGACACCAUCCUAGUCUUGAACAAGCUGACAUGACCCAGAAACAAAACCCAGUAGAGCAAUCAGAACAACAAACACAAGAGUGUCCUAAGAGUACCAAAACGGUUAAAGACGAGAAAAAGGAUGGGAGUUCCGCUGAAGAAUCUUCUACAGUUCGGCCUGGCCACACCAGGCGGCUCAGUGUACAGGAUAGGAUCAAUCUUUUUGAGAGCAAACAGAAAGAGAACUCAAAUUCUGGAGGAAAACCAGUGCCUCCUGGUAAAUCCACCGAACUGAGGAGGCUCUCCUCAGAUGUUUCAUCAGCUCCUACGACUUCUGAGAAGUCUGUAUUGAGAAGAUGGAGUAUUGUUAGUGACUUGAGCAUAGAUCUUGCCUCAGAUAAGAAGUUGGACACUAGCACAGAAAGUCCUUUGUGUACUCCAUUAUCUGUUCCUCAUGCCAAAGGGGAUUUAGAGCCCAAAGAAUCUAACGAAAAGGAUAAAAAGCAAGAAAAGGGUUCGGGCAAUGAUGUUUUUUCUAUCAAAAGUGAGCCAAAGAGUGUUUCUGAGAAUGUUGGUUACCAAGGAGCAUCUAAUCUCAGAAUGAAGAGUUCCACAGCAGAGGUAGAGAACAAAAUGGGUUCUGGAAUUCAAGUGACUUCUGGCUCGCCGUCUGAAUCAGACAUUGAUUCAAAUCACUCUUCUGAUGCUCAUGUCAAAGGUGGUGUGGAAUUUAAAGUCAAGGAUGUUCAAUGUCACGACACUGAUGAGAAUGUGUCUUCUCAGCCCCAGAGAAGAUCUUUUACUGGCAGACAGGGGAAGAAAGAAGUAGUUUCAUCAAACAAGCAAUCAGACACAACAGAUUCCCAGAGAGCAGUAUCUCAGAAACCAACCUCUGCAGAUUCUGAACAGAGACAAAAAUCAUCUGGUGGAAGGGAUGAUGGUAAUGAUGGGAAUGACAGGCGGGUAGGCCAAGAAAACAUGGAUAGGAUUCCUAUGACAUCUAUGGAUCAAGUUCAGAGGACAGGACAGUCAAAGGGAUACUGUGGGGUGAACGAUGAGUUGAAAAUGAAGGCAAAUGAGCUUGAAAAGCUUUUUGCAGAACAUAAACUUCGUGUUCCAGGGGAUCAAUCAAGUUCUUCUGGGUAUGGCAAGCAAGCUGAAACCGGAGUUGUGCAGACAGAACAGUCAUUUUCCUCUGGGUUUGCUGUAUCAGAAGCACCUCCUCGAUCAUUCCCAGACAAAAGAAGCCAUACUAUGUAUCCGGGCGGGGGUUCUGGUGAUUUCUCAAAGCUUAUCACUCCCUCUACGGGGAAGGUGGUUGGUGACAAUGGGGAUUUGCUGAGGCGGAACUUUUCAGACCUCAGUUUUUCAGAUGAUUCUAGAGGAAAAUUUUAUGAGAAAUAUAUGCAGAAAAGAGAUGCAAAACUGAGAGAAGAAUGGAGUUCGAAUAGGGCUGAGAAGGAAACUAAGUUGAAGUCCAUGCAAGAAGCCCUCGAGCAAAGUAAGAGCGAGAUGAAGGCUAAGUUUUCUGGUUUCUCUGAUAAGCAGAAUUCCCUUUCAAGUACUCGCCAUCGUGCUGAGAAAUUCAGAUCUUUUAACUCAAGGGCAAGUAUGAAAAAGUAUCAGCAUCCAAUAAGCUCAUUUCAGAGCGAAGAAGAUGAAGAUUUCUCCGAAUAUUCAGAUCAGAAACCUCGGGUGAAAGAUAAGACAUCCAAUGGACAAGCCAUUGGCAACAAUGCAACCUCUAGAAGCUUCCAAGCUAAAAAGCUUCAGCCUAACCGAAAUGUAUCUUCUGUUAACCCCCGAACCACCACCACAUCAAUUCCAAAGCCAUCAGCUAAAGUUUCAAAUACCAAUUCCGGGAGGCGAAGAUCUGAAAAGCCGCUUGCUCAAUCUGUUCCCAACUUUUCUGACCUUAAAAAGGAAAACACGAAGCCAUCUUCUUUGGUUGCCAAAACUACUACCCGUACUCAGGGAAGAAACACUGGUCCUGUUAAGCAAGAAAAGCUCCGUAGAUCGUUAAGGAAAAGCUCCUCUGGGAAUAUUGAAUUCACAGAAUUGUCCACUCUGUACUCUGAUGAUGUGCUGGCCCCUGCAAGAGUUGACACAGAGAAGAAUCAGAGAAAUGUCAUUGAUGUUGAUCAUGUUGCUGGUUUUAUACAAGAGGUAAAGGCCACAGAUACAUCUGAAAACUUGAAAAAUGAAGGAUAUGAUGAACUUGAUUCUGAGGUUGAAGUCCCGAAAGAAGAGGAACCAGAAGAACUGGAAAUGGUGGAGGUUGAGGAUGAUGACGAAAAGCCGAGAAUGAGCGAGGAAUAUGAUCAAGUUGAUAAUACCAGGACUGGAGAUACUACUCCCUUAAGAUCUAAUUCUCAGAUCGACUCCAGUUCAAUGACUGACUUGCCUGCUACCGUGUCUUCAACGUUUCAUACUGUUGCCUCGUUACUGGACUCACCAGGGGAAAGCCCUCUUUCAUGGAAUUCAAACAUGCAACACCCAUUUGGCUAUCCGAAUGAGCAUUCAGACAUCGAUGCUUCCAUGGAUUCUCCCAUCGGAAGUCCUGCAUCUUGGAGUUCUCGAAUGAGAAAGAAAUGGGGAGCUGCUCAGAAUCCUGCUAUGAUUGCUAAUUCAUCUCAGCUUCAGUCCCGGAAGGAUUUAACCAAAGGGUUCAAACGAUUGCUAAAAUUUGGAAGAAAAGGCCGUGCUGCAGAAAGUUUCGUGGACUGGGUAUCGGUAACAACAUCUGAAGGAGAUGAUGAUGCUGAAGAUAGACGAGAUCUCGCAAAUCGGUCAUCGGAUGAUUUGAGGAAAUCAAGAAUGGGGUCUUUACAAAGUCACCUUUCUGAAGAUGGAUUCCACGAGAGUGAAUUCAGUGACCAAGCUUCAAAUAGUUCCAUUCAUGCUCCUCCCUCGAGCUUUAAACUGAAGGAGGAUCACCAGAUCUCUGGAAGCUCUAACAAAGCACCAAGAGCAUCGUUUUUCUCGCUUUCCACGUUCCGUAACAAAGGAAACGACAUGAAGCCGAGAUGAAAGAGCCAAAACCCUUGUAGGGUUGGUUGCAUUGUUGAAAUCGGACAUAUCAGAAUGGUGGUUAAGGAUGCUAUCUAUAUACAGAUUAAAAGAUAGAGAUUCUUGAGGGAUGUCUCCUUCAAGAAGCUUUUAGAGAACACAUUCAUCUGUUCGAGAUCUCGUGCUUGUUAUUAUCGUACAUUUUUCUUCAGGAGAUCGAGAUAUAUUUCUUCUGUGGGUAUGUGUGUCUGUUACCAUAUAGACUUUGGUUAUCAUCCGUGUAAUGACAUAUUGUGGCUUACUUUACUCAUUUCAAUACCUUUG